UUUUUUUUACAUUAUUCUCCUUAAUUCACUUACUCUACUUUCACUGCCGUUUUCCCAUAAUAUUCACGAAAUUUUGUAUACCAAAAAAUGCCGCCGAAUGAGAUCACGUGUCAAAACAUCGAGGAAGGCGUCAGAGUAUUUUAAAGAUUUGGUGUCAUGGAAAUGUGAAUUACUCUUGGAGAGGAGCUCAACAACUCAGUACUUUUGGUGAAAUUGAACGUGAUACAACUGUUGAACAAUACAGAUUUAGCCAGAUGACCUAGUGUUGUGAUUUCCGAUAGCGGUGCAAGUGCUGACGGCUGGGCAUUACUGAUUUACAUGCUUCAAAUAACUCGACACAUAAAACCUAAAGAGGAACCAGGAGCAUCAACAAAUUAUCCACCUCACAAUAGCUUACAGAACGACGGCUCCUUCUGAAAGACUUUGUUCCUGAAAUACAGGCUUCGACUUACGCUGUAUCCUGGAAAAAGAAACAGCUAAAACUGCUAAACAAAAGUUAUCAGUGGUGAACUGUUGUGUAGUUUAAACGGUUUUCAAGUAGGUUUGACUGAUUUUUGACUGUCGACACCUUGCUCUGUUAAAAUCAUGUCCAACAGCACUAUUCAACCUACAGCCAGUGAAGUGGAACUAGAGGAUAAAGUGAAACCGGCCUUCUACGCGGUAGCUUUUGUACUGGGACUUUUGGGCAACUUUUUAGUGAUUAUCAUCGUAGUAGCCAGACGAAAUCGUCGAACAGCAAAUGACAUAUUUAUCCUGAACCUGGCCAUAAGUGACCUAGUAUACCUGUUUGUCUGCCUUCCAACAAACGUCUAUAUGAUGUUUGCAGACAUUCAGUAUGACCUGUACUGCCGUUUAAUUUGGCCUUUAAUGACUGUCACUGUCAAUCUCAGCAUCUUCACUCUCACAUCCAUGGCUGUUUUUCGGUGUUAUGUCAUUCUGUACCCUUUUAAGGCCGAGAUGCGUCAUCGCUACGUUCUUCUUUGGAUCGUGGGAAUUUGGUUUCUUGGACUCCUUCUUGUGCUCCCGUUACUACUCGUGACAAAACCGAAGCUGGCGGAGCCACAAGGGUGUACAGAGGUUUGGCCUUCCCCUCAGUACAGGCAGGCCUACACAGCCAGCCUUUUCGUACUUCAGUUCAUGCUGCCACUGACCAUUAUUGCUGUUGCAUAUGUUCGUAUCGGCCUCGAUCUGGUGCGUCAAGGUAGACACCAGGUUCCACAUCACGCGGCACAUCAAGAAAGAAGAAGAGAGAAUAUGCAAGUGAUUAAAACAUUAGCAACAAUCGUGAUCUUAUUUGCUAUUUGUAUGCUGCCUGCUCAGCUUGCCUGGCUUCUUCACGACUUUGCUUAUGAAGAUAACAAAAGCUUGGUAGGUUUCCUGUUCAGCUUCUCUCCCUCACUACUCUAUUUCCACAGCUGUUUGAAUCCAAUUGCUUAUGGCACGCUCACUAAGCACUACCGGCGUGGUUUCAUCCGAUUUUUCUCUUACGUUUUCUGCUGCGGCUUCAUAAGCUUGCUCAGAAGGAACUCAGCUACAAGUCACUUGGGCUUAAACAAGAUGUGUGCAACUUGGGGAAAGAGAAAGACGGACAGUAGCAGCAGUAGUGAGUUUUGCCAACGAAACAAUAACACGGAGGUAGCCUUACUACAGGAGGAACUAUUAAAAGAUAAUGGACCAGAAAAUGUUUCGCAAGGAAAACUGGAAAAAGAAACAGUUGUUUAAGUCAAACAUGCACAUUUACCUUACGAAGUAUAACACAGAUUAAAAUAUCGCAGUAAAAUUCCAAAAUAAUCCUAAACAUAUGAUUACAAAGACAUUUACUGAGUAUAUUUUUGUUAAAAAAAGAAAGGGAGCAGUGCUCAUGAAUGGAAGGAAUCUUACUUGUAAAAUAGAAAGAGUUUCAUCUUUUUAAAUCAGAGAUUUCGGUGGUCUAGUCUACGCCAACAUUGUUCAGGAAGUUCUUGCCUUUAGCUAUGUAGAAUAUCUGUACCUGUACUUAUUGAUCAUUUCCUUUAUUCUCGUGACCUCAAUGUGUGUUUGGGGGGUAAUAUUGUAAGGAGAAAUUAGAUGCUAGUCACUUUUAAUGGUCAAAGGGAUGAAUAGAGCGAUUUGGGUAAAGGGUUGCAAAAAAAUGUUACCUCAAUACACAGAUUAAUGCAAGUGCUUUUAAGAAUCUACCGAAACCCUCUAAAGUAGAGCGAUGAACUAGGUACGCAAUUCAAGAAUAGUAGGGCCCUUAAACUGAAUAAAACUGAUAACCCGCUGAGAGCUACUUUUCAUACAGUUGGACCUGUAUUAAGCGGUGGUACAAGAGGGGUGACCGCUUAAAACAGGUUGACCGCUUAAUACGGGCCUCACAAAUAAGGGUACAAUAGAAAGCGUGAAAAAAACGUUGAAUGUCAUAAUUAACCACAUAAUGUACAAAAACUCGCUCAAAAUUACUACUAACAUUAAUUUCGGGAGAUAAACAUGGAUUAAAUUUUACUCAUAAAUUAUCCUUCGUUUCAUUUGAAAUAG